AUGAGCGGGUUUCUAAUUCGCUCGACGCCUUCGCGUCGUCGUUGUUGUUCGUGCGAGUUCCAAUCGGCUACUGGUGGGCUUCGCGGGUGCAAAUUUCCUACCGAUAAGGUCAUCGCCGGGAAAGGGAAAGCCGAGCCAACAAUGGCUGCAGCGGCGACGACGAAGGGUGGCGCCGUCCUCCUCUCUGCCUCGAUCUUAUCUGCUAUCCGACGACUUCUCCCCUCUUGCCGUUCCAAUAUCAUAUCUCUCGUCACUGGUACCAAGACUAGCCUCCAUCGCCGCAUUUCCAUAUCUACUUCCGGUCGUUAUUGCCACUCAUUGUCGCCGGCCGUGGUUACGGGAGAAGCAUCUUCCACAACUGUGGUGGCAGAAUCCACCGAUGAAGCUCCGAACCUUGCGCAUGAUGACCCCGUGAAGGAAGCGGCUGACGUGCUUGACAUCCGCGUGGGUCGAAUCAUUAGGGCGUGGAGGCAUCCUGAAGCUGAUUCUCUCUACGUUGAGGAGGUGGAUGUGGGCGAGGCUGAGCCUCGCACUAUAUGCAGCGGCCUUGUUAACUACGUUCCCCUUGAUCAUCUUCAGGUCAACUUCUACCAGCCGAUAUGAGAAUCCCAUUUUUAU